GUCAUAAUCAACAGCAGGGACACAACACAGAGCUCAGAAAUGCUACUGGUGGCUCUAGGGUCAGUUGCACAUGAGUUUGGCCUCCUGCUCAACUCCAUAUAGCUGAGGGUGACGCUUGCUCUCAAGAUGAAGUGGUCAACUCUUCUGAACAGGAUCGUUUUGUAGAAAGGGGUGAUUUGGGACACGAUCCAGAGUGAACUGUAAGUGACCAGCUGAAAGAGAAGAGAAGGGGAGAGAGAGUGAGAGUGAGAGUGAGAAAUCAGCAGAGGCAAAGAGAAAUGGGUCUUUGCAGGCAGGAGACGGACACCUCUGUGCAGGACCCCAAGGAGUCGCAGGAUCCCAGGAGCCGCAGUGUGGACUGGUGUCCACCCCUGCUGCUCAACUUCACCCUGGCACUACAGCAUGUGUUGGUGCAGUGUUCAUUGCUGGUGCUGAUGGUGGGGAUGCUCCAGUGGCGGCUCCAGUGGACGGAGACAGAGAGGGCUCAGCACCUGGCGUCUCUGCUCUUCUCCUCGGCCCUCUCCACUCUCCUGCACACCUGCCUGGGCUCCUGCUUGCCGCUGGUUCAGGCUCCAUCUCUGGAGUUCCUGGUCCCUGCACUGGUCCUACUCUCUUCAAACACGGGGAGUGAGGAGGACUGUAGGGGGCAGUAUAGCGAGACUGAGGCGUGUGAUGCCCAGAGCAGUGCAGUGAGAGAGCUCCAGGGCAUGGUGGUAGUUGCUGGGCUGCUGCAAGUGUGUCUAGGUGUGUGUGGGUUGGGCGGUGUGUGUGUGAGGCGCAGUGGACCACUGGUGCUGGCUCCUGUGCUGUGUGUGCUGGGCUUCUCCAUCUACAGGGAGGCAGCACUACUCUGCUCUGACCACUGGGGCUUCGCCGCUCUGGCAGUAUUCCUCAUGGUGAUUCAAUCUCAGCAUCUUCGCUCCUUCCACUUUCCUCGCCCUCCUUGCUUUGCACAGUUACCAUUAUGCAGUAUGUUUUCUGUGCUGCUCCCUGCACUGACCGUGUGGGGUGUGUGUGUUCUGUUGGAGUUCUCGGGGCACUUGCAACUUCACACACUCUCCGAGCUGCUGCCUGAUCUGGGAGUCCAAAACGCCACCGUCACACACCUGCUUAACGGCACGCGCCCACACACACACUCAGCCCUCUCAUCAGGACCAUCUGUCGCACCCCCCAGCACCUCAAGCUCCCCGCCCUGGGCCAGUCUACCUCACACAGGGUUUGGGUUUGGUUAA